AAACAUUAAAACCUAACCUGAGGUAAUCCCUCACCGGCAGUGGAGCUCCUCUGCUAGGCACUGUCUUCCUGUACACUGCCCAGGCUCUGGGGGUGUCACACUAGACUGUGGUGAUGUCACACUAGCUGGGAUGACAUUUUACAGUUGGAUCCCCUACCACUGCCAGGCACCUUUAAAUCACCGCGGAGUCUACGGUGCGGAGGGGGCGGGAAGCCCAGCCCCCGCACUCGAUCCACGCUGGCUCCCCACGGAGGCCCACCCACUCGAGGCCCACCCACUCCCACUGCGAUCAGUACUAUGCGGUCGUCCUAGAGAGUCCAUUCAUCUGCACUUCCGCCUCAGUAUGGCAUCACAGCUGCAAGUGUUUUCGCCCCCAUCAGUGUCGUCGAGUGCCUUCUGCAGUGCGAAGAAACUGAAAAUAGAGCCCUCUGGCUGGGAUGUUUCAGGACAGAGUAGCAACGACAAAUAUUAUACCCACAGCAAAACCCUCCCAGCCACACAAGGGCAAGCCAACUCCUCUCACCAGGUAGCAAAUUUCAGCAUCCCUGCUUACGACCAGGGCCUCCUCCUCCCAGCUCCUGCAGUGGAGCAUAUUGUUGUAACAGCCGCUGAUAGCUCGGGCAGUGCUGCUACAUCAACCUUCCAAAGCAGCCAGUCCCUGACUCACAGAAGCAACGUUUCUUUGCUUGAGCCCUAUCAAAAAUGUGGAUUGAAACGAAAAAGUGAGGAAGUUGACAGCAACGGUAGUGUGCAGAUCAUAGAAGAACAUCCCCCUCUCAUGCUGCAAAACAGGACUGUGGUGGGUGCUGCUGCCACAACCACCACUGUGACCACAAAGAGUAGCAGUUCCAGUGGAGAAGGGGAUUACCAGCUGGUCCAGCAUGAGAUCCUUUGCUCUAUGACCAAUAGCUAUGAAGUCUUGGAGUUCCUAGGCCGGGGGACAUUUGGACAGGUGGCUAAGUGCUGGAAGAGGAGCACCAAGGAAAUUGUGGCUAUUAAAAUCUUGAAGAACCACCCCUCCUAUGCCAGACAGGGGCAGAUUGAAGUGAGCAUCCUUUCCCGCCUAAGCAGUGAAAAUGCUGAUGAAUAUAAUUUUGUCCGUUCAUACGAGUGCUUUCAGCAUAAGAAUCACACCUGCCUUGUUUUUGAGAUGUUGGAGCAGAACUUAUAUGAUUUUCUAAAGCAAAACAAAUUUAGCCCACUGCCACUCAAGUACAUCAGACCAAUCUUGCAGCAGGUGGCCACAGCCUUGAUGAAGCUCAAGAGUCUUGGUCUGAUCCACGCCGACCUUAAGCCUGAAAACAUCAUGCUGGUUGAUCCAGUUCGCCAGCCCUACCGAGUGAAGGUCAUUGACUUUGGUUCUGCUAGUCAUGUUUCCAAAGCUGUGUGCUCAACCUACUUACAGUCACGUUACUACAGAGCUCCUGAAAUUAUUCUUGGGUUACCAUUUUGUGAAGCUAUUGAUAUGUGGUCACUGGGCUGUGUGAUAGCUGAGCUGUUCCUGGGAUGGCCUCUUUAUCCUGGUGCUUCAGAAUAUGAUCAGAUUCGUUAUAUUUCACAAACACAAGGCUUGCCAGCUGAAUAUCUUCUCAGUGCCGGAACAAAAACAACCAGGUUUUUCAACAGAGAUCCUAAUUUGGGGUACCCACUGUGGAGGCUUAAGACACCUGAAGAACAUGAACUGGAGACUGGAAUAAAAUCAAAAGAAGCCCGGAAGUACAUUUUUAAUUGCUUAGAUGACAUGGCUCAGGUGAAUAUGUCCACAGACCUAGAGGGAACAGAUAUGUUGGCAGAGAAGGCAGACCGAAGAGAAUACAUUGAUCUUUUAAAGAAAAUGCUCACAAUUGAUGCAGAUAAGAGAAUUACCCCUCUAAAAACUCUUAACCAUCAGUUUGUGACAAUGACUCACCUUUUGGAUUUUCCACAUAGCAAUCAUGUUAAGUCUUGUUUUCAGAACAUGGAGAUCUGCAAGCGGAGGGUUCACAUGUAUGAUACAGUGAGUCAGAUCAAGAGUCCUUUCACUACACAUGUUGCUCCAAAUACAAGCACAAAUCUAACCAUGAGCUUCAGCAAUCAGCUCAAUACAGUGCACAAUCAGGCCAGUGUUCUAGCUUCCAGUUCUACUGCAGCAGCUGCUACUCUUUCUCUGGCUAAUUCAGAUGUCUCACUACUAAACUACCAGUCAGCUUUGUACCCAUCAUCUGCUGCACCAGUUCCUGGAGUUGCCCAGCAGGGUGUUUCCUUGCAGCCUGGAACCACCCAGAUUUGCACUCAGACAGAUCCAUUCCAACAGACAUUUAUAGUAUGUCCACCUGCGUUUCAAACUGGACUACAAGCAACAGCAAAGCAUUCUGGAUUCCCUGUGAGGAUGGAUAAUGCUGUACCAAUUGUACCCCAGGCACCAGCUGCUCAGCCACUACAGAUUCAGUCAGGAGUUCUUACGCAGGGAAGCUGUACACCACUAAUGGUAGCAACUCUCCACCCUCAAGUAGCCACCAUCACACCGCAGUAUGCGGUGCCCUUUACUCUGAGCUGCGCAGCCGGCCGGCCGGCGCUGGUUGAACAGACUGCUGCUGUACUGCAGGCGUGGCCUGGAGGGACUCAGCAAAUUCUCCUGCCUUCAACUUGGCAACAGUUGCCUGGGGUAGCUCUACACAACUCUGUCCAGCCCACAGCAAUGAUUCCAGAGGCCAUGGGGAGUGGCCAGCAGCUAGCCGACUGGAGGAAUGCCCACUCUCAUGGCAACCAGUACAGCACUAUCAUGCAGCAGCCAUCCUUGCUGACUAACCAUGUGACACUGGCCGCUGCUCAGCCUCUGAAUGUUGGUGUUGCCCAUGUUGUCAGACAACAGCAAUCCAGUUCCCUCCCUUCGAAGAAGAAUAAGCAGUCAGCUCCAGUCUCUUCCAAGUCCUCUCUAGAUGUUCUGCCUUCCCAAGUCUAUUCUCUGGUUGGGAGCAGUCCCCUCCGCACCACAUCUUCUUAUAAUUCCUUAGUCCCUGUCCAAGAUCAGCAUCAGCCCAUCAUCAUUCCAGAUACUCCCAGCCCUCCUGUGAGUGUCAUCACUAUCCGAAGUGACACUGAUGAGGAAGAGGACAACAAAUACAAGCCCAGUAGCUCUAGCCUGAAGCCAAGGUCUAAUGUCAUCAGUUAUGUCACUGUCAAUGAUUCUCCAGACUCUGACUCUUCUUUGAGCAGCCCUUAUUCCACUGAUACCCUGAGUGCUCUCCGAGGCAAUAGUGGACCCGUUUUGGAGGGGCCUGGCAGAGUUGUGGCAGAUGGCACUGGCACCCGCACCAUCAUUGUGCCUCCACUGAAAACUCAGCUUGGUGACUGCACUGUAGCAACCCAGGCCUCAGGUCUCCUGAGCAAUAAGACCAAGCCAGUAGCUUCAGUGAGUGGGCAGUCAUCUGGAUGCUGUAUCACCCCCACAGGGUAUCGAGCUCAACGCGGGGGGACCGGUGCAGCACAGCCACUCAACCUUAGCCAGAACCAGCAGUCAUCGGCGGCUCCAACCUCGCAGGAGAGAAGCAGCAACCCAGCCCCCCGCAGGCAGCAGGCGUUUGUGGCCCCUCUCUCCCAAGCCCCCUACACCUUCCAGCAUGGCAGCCCACUACACUCGACGGGGCACCCACACCUUGCCCCAGCCCCUGCUCACCUGCCAAGCCAGGCUCAUCUGUAUACGUAUGCUGCCCCCACUUCUGCUGCUGCACUGGGCUCAACCAGCUCCAUUGCUCAUCUUUUCUCCCCACAGGGUUCCUCAAGGCAUGCUGCAGCCUAUACCACUCACCCUAGCACUUUGGUGCACCAGGUCCCUGUCAGUGUUGGGCCCAGCCUCCUCACUUCUGCCAGCGUGGCCCCUGCUCAGUACCAACACCAGUUUGCCACUCAGUCGUACAUUGGGUCUUCCCGAGGCUCAGCAAUUUACACUGGAUACCCGCUGAGUCCUACCAAGAUCAGCCAGUAUUCCUACUUAUAGUUGGUGAGCAUGAGGGAGGAGGAGUCAUGGCUACCUUCUCCUGGCCCUGGGUUCUUAAUAUUGGGCUAUGGUGAGAUCCUCCUUUACCCUCUUGAAACUUCUUAGCCAGCAACUUGUUCUGCAGGGGCCCACUGAAGCAGAAAGUUUUUCUCUGGGGGAACCUGUCUCAGUGUUGACUGCAUUGUUGUAGUCUCCCAAAGUUUGCCCUAUUUUUAAAUUCUUUAUUUUUGUGACAGCAAUUUUGGUACUUGGAAGAGUUCAGAUGCCCAUCUUCUGCAGUUACCAAGGAAGAGAGAUUGUUGUGAAGUUACCCUCUGAAAAAUAUUUUGUCUCUCUGACUUGAUUUCUAUAAAUGCUUUUAAAAACAAGUGAAGCCCCUCUUUAUUUCAUUUUGUGUUAUUGUGAUUGCUGGUCAGGAAAAAUGCUGAUAGAAGGAGUUGAAAUCUGAUGACAA